AUGGCAGACAAGGAGAACGAGGUGACAUCCAAGGAUUUGGGAAGGACCACGGCUACCGAUAUUACUGCCCCCAGUGAAAGCGACGCCAAUCAUGAACUCCAUUUUGCCAGACGAGGCGAAGCUCUUGCGGAUGCCUCGUCAAGUCAGGAGAGUAUCGAUGGAUAUGAUCCUGAAUUGAUGAAUGGAAGAACACUUCUCACAGCGGCAGAAGAGAAGAAGCUAUUACGCAAGAUUGACUGGAGAUUGAUGACUCUCUGCUCGUUGAUCUUCAUGUUCAAAAACUUGGACAGCAAUAAUACAUCCAACGCUCGGAUCAUGAACAAGGGGACGGAUCAGAAUAUCAUGACACAGCUUGGGAUCACUUCAAAUGAGUAUAAUCUAGUGACAGUACUUUACUAUAUUCCUUACAUUGUGUUGGAAGCGCCCUCCAAUUUGCUGCUCAAGAAGUGCUCUCCUUCAAAAUGGCAGGCAAGAAUCAUGCUCAGCUGGGGUAUUGCUCUGAUGUGUAACGCCGCUGUGAAGAACAAGGGUGGUCUAUAUACCACACGGUUCUUAUUGGGUGUGGCUGAGGCUGGACAAUUUCCGGGUGUCAUUCUCCAAAUGACUUACUGGUAUCGACCGGACGAGAUGUCCUUGCGACUACUGUACUUUUGUGAGUCGAACAUCCUCAACCUUAUUGGUUAUUCCCCCACAUGGAAGUAUACUCACCAGUGGCUAUUAGAUAUUUGCGGGAAUGUCUCGGGUAUCUUUGGAGGCUUGCUUGCAUAUGCCUUUGAUACUGUCUCUGGCGCAGCAGGACUUUCUGGGUGGCAAUGGCUAUUCUUAACCGAGGGAAUCGCAACCGUCCUUUUCAGCGCGGUGAUUUGGUUCCUCCUCCCGGACUUUCCCGAAACCGCCACAUGGUUGACCGAAAAAGAAAAGAAGUUCAUCCAAGCUCGACUUCCAUCCAACGCACCUCGUGCCAAUGAGAAAGACUUCAAGUUCCGCGAGAUCGUUGAAUCUCUCAAGGAUGUGAGACUGUGGCUAUUCACGUUGAUCUGGGCCACCUUCACUGUUGGAACAGAUGGAGUCACAUUCUACCAGUCCACUGUGAUUGCCGAUCUCGGUUACACGAGCAUUGCCGCAGCCCAACUCCUCAACAUCCCUAUCACGGUUUGUGGCCUUCUCUUCAUUGCCAUUACGGGGAUCUUCGCAGACCGGAGUCGGAUCCCACGACCAGUGUAUCCGCUUUCAUUCCUGGUCGUCAUAUUGGUCUGCUACGGUGUUUUCAUUGCCUAUCCAGGCCCCGGUGCGGUUUUCGCCGUGACGCUGAUCGGAAAUGCUCUCAAAGCAGGAUGGUAUCCUGUCAUGUGGCCGUGGCGCGUCCAAACCACCUCCCGCGCAACAGGUUCUGCCUUCUCGAUCGGGUUCGUCAACAGCUACGGUCAAAUUGGAGGUGCUAUCGGUCCACAAAUGUUUAGGAGCAAGUAUGCUCCACACUACACAGUUCCAUUUGCUGCAGCCAUGGCUCUUGUUGGUGUUUGUGGCAUUUUGACUCUUAUUACGUGGAGGGUUACUCGGGAGACUGAGCGUGAUACUAGGCGACUGAAGCUUGCCAAACUUGCCGCAGAGAAAAAGGGCGAGACAAUUUUGGAGGACGUUGUCGACAAAGACUUGAAGAGACAUUGA